AUGAGAUCCAGUCUUAUCAUUCUCGCCGGCAUUGCUGCAGUCCAAGCCGCUGUUGCAGCACCCCCAGUAGACGGCCAUCUUUCGGCUCGCGGACGUACAGUUGCUCGCGCUGAGGUGGAUAGCCCUGGCGGAAAGGAUUGGAAACGUGCCGAGAUGGAUAGCCCCGGCGGAAAGGAUUGGAAGCGUGCUGAGCUGAACAGCCCCGGUGGAAAGGACUGUGGGGUCGUGCCAUGGAGGUGA